AUUUAAGAUAAGACAUUAUGACUCAAUAACCAAUUUCAAAGCUAUGAAAUUUCAUUAAAAGAUAAUUCACCUUCAACAGCUUCAAUGUCUUUUCUAUCUAUAUACUGUAUUCCACCCACGUGGUAAUUGUUUGUUUGGCUAUGGUGUUGAAUACAUUUUGUCCUAAGAUAUAAUCAUGCAUAAAGAAAAGACACACAAUACUUCACAUUUGAGUAUGUAAAAAUAAUAAUCAAAAAUGACAAUUUUUCAACACAUCAAUAACCAAAAUUUAGUUUAUUGUUUGAAAGAAAAAUUUCAAAUGAAAUAGAGAAAUUAUGAUAAAUGAAAAUUGUGGUCGAAGAAACAGAUAAGGAAAAAGAAGAUGUACUUCGACAAAAACGUGCAGGUCAAAAACGUUAUAUGUUUGAUGUAGUCUUCGGGGAAGAUUCUACUCAAGAUGAAUUGUACGAAAAAACAACUAAAAGUUUAGUUCAAGAUAUACUUGUUGGGUACAAUGCUACAGUAUUUGCAUACGGAGCAACGGGAAGUGGAAAAACACAUACGAUGGUCGGUCAUGGUGGAGAAACUGGAAUUAUGGUUAGAGCUAUUAGUGAUUUAUUCGAUACAGUUGCCAAAAAUUCUUGUCGGUAUACGGUCAAGUUAUCAUACUUGGAAAUAUACAACGAAAAUAUUCGAGACCUUUUAAACCCAUCUUCUGGAUUCUUAGAACUUCGUGAAGAUUCGUCCCGAAAUCGAAAUAUUCAAGUUGCUGGUCUUUCUGAAGUCAUAGUUGUUACUGUUGACGAAGUUAUGGAGUUACUAAAUCAAGGAAACCGACAAAGAACAGUAGAACCCACAGGGGCUAAUAAAACGUCUUCCAGAAGUCACGCUUUACUUAGCGUCACGGUUAGUAAGUCAUCCAGAGCAUCAACAGCAGUACGACAAGGCCGGUUAUUCAUGAUAGAUUUGGCUGGUUCAGAAAGAGCAAGUCAUACAAAGAAUCGUGGAAAACGUCUCAAAGAAGGAGCGCACAUUAAUAGAUCUCUGUUAGCUCUUGGAAACUGUAUAAACGCUUUAAGUGGAGGAACAAAUCCAAGAUUUGUGAACUAUCGAGAUAGUAAACUCACAAGAUUGUUACGAGAAUCUUUAAGUGGUAAUUGUCGAACGGUAAUGAUUGCUCAUGUUAAUCCUGCUACAAUCCAUAAGGAUGAAACACGAAAUACAUUAAUCUAUGCAGCAAGGGCAAAUGGAAUUUCUCAUAAAGUAGAACGAAAUGUAUUAAACGUUUCUUUUCAAGUAAAUCAAUAUAGGUCAGUUAUAGCUGAUCUGCGUAACGAGAUAACAAGACUGAGAACUAAGUUGGAUGAAGGCAGAGUUAAAUCAUCGAUCGGUCAUUCAUGUGAUACACCUGUAAAUAGAAUUCGAGAUCAAAUAGUUAGCACAUUUCGCGAACAAAUGAAAUUGAGACGUAAACUAAUGGACAUUGAUGGUCAUUUACUAUCAUUGGGCGUGGAAGCUGAAAGGCAACAUCAAAUUAUCAGUCAAUGGGAAUCAAGAAACAAUAAGCUGUACUGCCGGAGAAUGAGUGACCAUCGCAGACCGGGUACUAGAACUUCAAGUAGUACAGCACAUUAUUCAGAUAAUGAACAACAAAAUAUGCAUCAAGCAUGGUCAGAUCUUAGUUAUAUAGAACACGAACAAGAAAGGUAUGUAUCUCUAAGAUCAAAAACUGUAACUGAACUUGAUGCAGUACGACAACAAGCAGUUGCUUUAGAAAAUAAUUUACCUAAACGACUUGAUUCGGAAACGGAAAGAGAGCUGCUUUCGUUAAUUUGCAGAGUACAUGAAUUGGAAGCUGAUAAAAUGGCUUUGCAAGGAGAGCGAUUAGUCGAGUCAUAUGAAUUACGAAGAAGAGGAGAUUUAUUAUACAAAAUGCAAAAACAACAACGAAUCACUGAUGAUAUCAUAACUAAACAGAGACAAAUUAUUGAAGGUCAAAACAUUCCCUUACCUAUGGAUUUGAAAGAACUUUACAGAUCUUACCAGCAAGAAAUACAUUCUAAUUCGUAUAAUGCUGAUGUCAACACAAUACCUUUGUCUACUAUACAUUCGGUUAAUAAAAGAUUAGAAAACACAAGUCUGAAAGACAAAAGCAAAUCUAAUGAUCAUUAUGUACCAAAUUCUAUAACACCAGAAUCGAAAAUAGAGACUAUGUCAAGUAAUGAAAGUAUAGACGAAUUGGAUUGGGACAAGUCGACAAAAAAUUUACCUCCAAUAAGUCAACAAGCAUCGUAUACUAGAGAAGAAGGGCCAUCUCCAGUUCCGGCAUCUGUGUUAUUUCCUCCCAUUUCUGCUCGUUUUCGUUAAAAACCAUAUAAUAAUUAUAUGCAUAUUAUAUUUAAAAUAAAUAAAAUUAAUAAAUAAUCAACUAUUUAGUUUUUAACUGUUCAA